CAAUGCAUGGCCAGCACUCCGCGCCAUUGCCGGGGCGCCGUUUCACGCACCCACUCCACCUGCUCCUAGCUCAGCCGCGGGCGAAACGCUCUAUAAAUUACCCGCGCCGUGCCAGCUCCUCCUGCUCAUGUGCCAGCGCAUACAACCAAUCUGAUCGCUCGAUCGCCACUGACAAGCUAGCUCGCUGCGGCCCGGUGCGUGAUGAUGGCUCGGGGAAGAGGCGGUGCGAGCGGCGGCGCCCUCGCCGGGGCGCUCCUGGCCAUCGGCCUCCUCGUGGUGGCGACGAGCGCGCCGCUCGCCGAGGCGGCGGCGGCGUACAUGGUCGGCGAUUACGGCGGCUGGAAGUUCAACGUCGACCGGUGGGCCAAGGGGAGGACCUUCCGCGCCGGCGACCAGCUCGUGUUCAACUACAACCGGGCGGUGCACGACGUGGCGGUGGUGAACGCGGCGGCGUACCGGAGCUGCGUGGUGCCCAGGGGCGCCAGGGUGCUGCGGAGCGGGCGCGACAAGGUGCGGCUCGGCAGGGGCACGCACUACUUCGUCUGCACCGUGCGGGGGCAUUGCCAGGCCGGCAUGAAGAUCGCCGUCAGGGCCGUGUAGUGGGGAUGGGCUGGGCUGGGCUGGGCCGCUGGCGGCGGCCACGUCCGACUUGCAGAGCCCAGAUCGAUCAAGCUUAAGCUUCGUGGGAGCCUGAAGAAUCUAAUGCCAGUCAAUUAGUAGCUUGCUUGUUGAUGGUACGGUGCUGCAUGCUGCUCGUGUCGUUUUGUAUGUCCAGGCUCCAUUCCUUAAUGUUGUUUUGUUACUUAUAACUACUAGUUUGGCUUUGUGAGUCGGUUUCGUGAGGAACCAGGUCAAAUUGAUUCCAU